CAAUGGCCAUCAAGAACCCUUCUUUCUUCUUCAUCGUCUCUUUACUUACUCUCUUCUCCUUAUUCACACCUUCUCUUUCUGCGGCCUUUGAUGUUACCAGGUCGAAUUGGGCUAACGUAUGGGGUGGCUACUGGGUUCUCCUCCAACCGAGCAUCGGCAUCUCCGCCAUGCACAUGCAAGUUCUUCACAAUAACAAGAUCAUCUUCUUUGACCGCACUGAUUCCGGCCCCUCCAAUAUCUCCCUUCCCGCCAAUAAGUGCCGUUUGAACGACGAAAUUCUCAAACCCGACUGCACCUCCCACUCUGUCCUAUACGACAUCGCCUCAAACACAUUCCGACCCCUUAUGGUCCUAACUGACACCUGGUGCUCUUCCGGCGCCGUUGACCGCGACGGUACCCUUGUCCAAACCGGUGGCUACCACAACGGUGAACGCGUAAUCCGCCUUUUCAGCCCCAGUGACGAUGAAACCAGUGACUGGGUUGAGUUAAAGAAAUCUCUCUGGGACCGAAGAUGGUACGCUUCAAACCAGAUUUUACCUGACAAUCGCAUCAUCAUCGUCGGCGGUAGAAAAGUUUUCACCUACGAGUUUUACCCCAAGAACGAAUCUUUACCGUCAAGUUAUUACCUUCCGUUCUUGAUUGAAACAAGAGACCCGGAAGAGAACAAUCUCUACCCUUUCCUACAUCUCUUACCCGACGGUAAUCUUUUUAUUUUUGCGAACAGAAGAUCAAUCUUGUUCGACUAUGUUAACAACAAGGUUGUUAAAGAGUUUCCAGUUAUUCCUGGUAACGAUAAGAGGAGCUAUCCUAGUACUGGCUCUUCUGUCUUGCUUCCUCUACGGUUAACCUUAACCGGACCAUAUGCUUACAAUUUGACUAGUGGUUUCCCUGAAGCUGAGGUGAUGGUUUGCGGCGGAGCUCCUCCCGGCGCGUUUCUCAAGUCCCAGAAGGAACGGGUUUUCGUAGAAGCAUCAACGACCUGUGGGAGACUAAAAGUGACCGACCCGGAACCCGUUUGGUCCAUGGAGGUCAUGCCGAUGCCACGUGUCAUGACGGACAUGAUAUUAUUACCCACAGGUGAAGUCAUCCUUAUAAAUGGUGCAACUAAUGGAACAGCCGGUUGGGAGAACGGAGCGAACCCGAAUUUGAACCCGGUUUUGUACUUGCCUAACCAAGAGCCGCCCCUCAGAUUCUUGGUUUUGAAUCCGUCGAAGAUUCCGAGAAUGUACCACUCGUCGGCUGUGUUGGUACCAGAUGGCAGGAUAUUAGUGGGUGGGAGUAACCCGCACGCGAGGUACAAUUUCACAGCGUACCCUUACCCGACCGAAUUGAGUUUGGAGGCUUUUUAUCCACACUACUUAUCUCCACUGUUCGAGAGUAUCCGGCCUUCCAUUUUGACGGUGGAGUCAACGGAGAAUAGGGUGUCAUAUAAUGAGGUUUUUUCCGUUACUUUCUCGUUAGCAAUGUUCCACCCAACUGCAGAGCUAUUUGUGUCGCUCCUAUACCCGUCGUUUGCCACGCACUCGUGGUCCAUGAACCAACGCAUGGUGGUUUUGAAAGUGCUGGAAGUGGUACCGCUGUCCAUUUUAACUUAUAAGGUCGUGGUGAUAGGGCCCAAUGCUGCCACGGUAGCUCCACCUGGAUAUUACAUGAUAUUUGUAGUCCACUCUGGAAUUCCUAGUCCUGGUGUUUGGAUUAAGGUGAUGUGAAAGGGUAUUAAUGUCAUUAUGAGGUUUAGGUAUUCUUUUUAAUUAGGGUUUCAAGUUUUAUGUUGUAUAAUCUUCAUUUUUUAAUUGUA